AUGGAAGAUGUAAUCAUUGUCGAGAAAAUCCUCUGCUCAAUGACCACAAAGUUUGCUUAUGUGGUAUGCUCCAUUAAAGAAUCCAAAGAUGUUACUGAACUUUCCAUCGAUGAACUACAAAGCUCUCUACUCUUUCAUGAACAACAAAUGACUAGCCAGGUUGUUGAAGAGAAAUUAUUGAAGUAUGAGUGCCCAGAAUCUGCUCGAAAGGAAGAACUAUCUAAUUAUGCCGAAUCAGAAGAAGUACUCUUGAUGGCUUACAUUGAGGAGAAGAAACUAAAAUCCGAUGUUGGAUACCUAGAUUCUGGGUGUAGCAAUCAUAUGAGUGGUAACAAAUCUCUAUUCUUUGAUUUAAAUGAAGAUUUUACAGAGCAUGUGAAGCUAGGAGAUAAUUCAAGCAUAUCUGUGAUGGACAAAGGGAACAUUCAAGUACAGAUUGAUGAUAAUACUGUGUAUAAGAUAGCUAAUUGA